ACUGGCCCUCAUACCAUUUUCCCAGGUAGUGCACACCUAGUAUAGAAUCUUAGCAAUGUUCAGAAUGCACUUACAUUCCAUUCAGUAAGUGCAUUCAUGCAUGUACUGCGUCUUCGGCUACUUUCAUGGCCUUUGACUCCUUCGAUAGCUGAAGAAUAUUUACGAGACAGAACUGUGAGUGAGAUGCAUUUGUUUUUGGCUGAAGUCGAGAGUGAACUGUAGAGUCAAGGUGGGAGGCUGCAUGUAUUUAUGCAUUACAGCAGUCAGCAGCAGGAUUCCACUGUUAGGCAGAGGGAGCUGGUUUCGCCGGCUUUGGAAAAUGUAACAGCCCUGCAGAAAAAAAGGGAGCGGCUUUGUCAGGUGAAUUCCGAGAAGAGAAGGAAUACAGACCGAAAGAAGUUGCUGUACUUGGAACAUCGUCUGCAGAGAAUGAGGACAGGUUUGGACAUACUGGCCAUUUGGUUUUCCAUAGAUUGGAGAAUACAUUGAUUGUAACUGAUUGUUCGUAAUAAAUGCAGAUCAACUCAUGCUUAACAGGGAAAAAAAAGAAAACAUCAGCUCCCUCUUGUGUGGAAUACUUUGAAAAUGGCCCUGAGCAAAACCAAAUAUGGAAUCAAUGAGGAAAGGCACUUGUGCAACACGAAGAGAUAUGAGACAACCCCGCAAGCAGCAAAAAUGAUUUAGUGUUCACCCUAAAAACUUAAAGGGGAAAGGAAAUGCUGUGUGUAAACACAAAGUUCACAAAAGUACGAUACCUAUACCUCUUGGUUGGGUUUUUCCUUUACAUGGUGGACGUUGGCACUGACAUGUGGGUUGCGGUGCAAUUUUAUAACAGUGGACACUAUGCCUGGUUUGCACUGACUAUUUUGUUUGUGCUUACUGGAUCAUUAGUUCCUCAAAUUUUUAGUUAUGUCUGGUUGAGUGAUGACCGUGAAAGUGAGAUAUCUUUCAGUGGAAUAACCAGGACCCAGCAUAUAUUUCUGCACGUCCUACAGUUGGGAAUAUUUACAAGGUAUUGCCAGCUUCUGAAGAAGGGUUCCAGUGUAUUCCAGAAGGAAUACAAACGUGAGGAAGACUUCGAGGUGUUUGCCAUGACCACUGAUCUGAGCAUGCUCAGAUUGUUUGAGAUGUUCCUGGAGAGUGCACCUCAGCUCCUCCUCCAGCUUUACAUCAUUCUGGGUUGCGACCACAGGUCCAUCGUACAGUAUCUGUGCAUUGCUGGAUCUUUCUUAAGCAUAGCCUGGGCAACCGUUGAGUACCGCCGUUGUUUUCGUAGAUCCUCGCCACACAUAAAAGAGAUGCCCUCUGGUCUGCCUACUGCUGUAUACUUGUUCUACAAGCUCUUCACUAUAGGUUCCCGCAUCUUAAGCCUAAGUCUCCUGGUUGUGCUAAACCUGUACUGCAUCUCAGCUUUGUUGUUUCUCUGGCUGUGUGGCACACUGUGGGCGCAUAAACUCCAAACGGAUUUCUGCACGUCACGAUGUUUGGAAUGGUUCUACCGGGGAAUCGUCGGAAUCAUACUCAUUUUCUCUUUUUUCAACAUUAAAGGCCAAAACGCAAGAGCGUCAAUGACUGUCUACUAUGGACUGUAUACUUCUCAAAACUUGGCAUUUAUCUUGUUAUUUUACUUAUUAAAUCCACGUGCUGCCACUUCAAGCUAUUUCUUGCCGGUGACGUUGGUGAUAGUAGGAAGCCAAGUAGCCGGUUUAAUCUGCCUUAUGGUCUUCUAUGCAUUUUUAAACCAAAGGAGCGAGGAACGAACAGCUCAAAUAGCUGAUGAGGUGGACGGUCAGGAGGAAAAGUGGACUGGACCAGACAAUGGCAUGGACAAUGGCAUGGAAAGUUGUGAGAAGCGAAUGAAAGCAUUUAUGCAGCACUGAAACACACAGACUCAUAAAAGGACAAAAACAUAUAGGAACACUGUAGUUGCCUAUUGUAAGUCUUGUACAGUAGUCUUGCCUUGCUGAACAUAUUCUGUACAUCAUACACAAUAAUUCAAGAAGGCAUUAAGCUUCAAGCACACGCGAGAAAAACAUUGGCAACAGUAUAGUAUUAUAUGCUAUGGAAAAAAUAAUAAUAGAAAUAACACUAACAUAAUAUGCAUAUAUUUGUUUGCUCCGUGGUUCAAUUUAUAAUGAACACUUAAAUGAUUUCACAGCGAACCACUAGGUAGAGCUAUUGUUCCAUCUAAAUUUUCAUCACGUGAAUUGGACGUUUAUAUCUCAGAGAUAUACAUGCUGUAAUAUGCAUUUAUUUUAUGCAUACCGAACAAAUGCAAACGAUAAUGGAGUAAUGCUAAAUAACGGAAGUCCUCACUGAAAAACUUCGUCCAUGUGUAUAUUGGACAUGUACGGGUUGAUCCUAGCUGCUGUUGCUAAAGUCUCAGUUCGAGACAGCCUUUUCAGUGCAAUACUAAAGUCUGUAUACAUAUUUUGUUUUGUAGGAUGUCUGUAUACAUGCAGCAGUUUACAUGUUUGGUUUCCAAAAUGCAUUGUAUAAAGAAACGAAAAUCAUGUCUGUAAAAUGAUUUUAUUUGUACAGAUGCACAGUAAUACAGUAAUGUAAACUGCAUAACUCAUCGACCAGUUAUUUGUAGGUCAUGUUGUUUUUGCCGUACAAUAAAUGUUUAUUUAUUGAAGAAAUAAACACUGUAAGCAAUU